AUGAAGAACAAUGAAAACCUGUGUUUCCUGUGGAGUCAUGUGAGACAUCUGAAUCCUAAGGCUAGAAGAGCAACCACUAUCACACAAAAAGAUAGGGAAUUCAUAACAAACCUGGACUAUGACGGUAUAGACUUCCCCGUGAAGAUAAGUGACAUUGAUAAGAUUGAGAGGAAAAACAGUAUCAGCAUAUCUGUGUUUGGUUAUAACGGUAAGAAACAGUUUUAUCCCAUAAGAAAUUCUAAGACCAAAUAUGAGGAUCAUAUGGAACUUCUACUCCUAGGUGACGGUGAAGGUAACAACCAUUAUGUGCUUAUAAAGGAUGUAAAUAGGAUGCUCUUCCGUGUAAGUAAAUAUACACAUAAGAAGCACUUAUGUCUGCACUGUCUUCAUAGUUGUGUGAGUGAAGAGGUACUGGAGAAGCAUAAGGAAACAUGUCUGGAGGUAAAUGGAACUCAGGCGGUAAAGCUUCCCAAGGAAGGUACAAAAAUCAAGUUCAAAAAUCACAGGAACUCAAUGCCUGUACCGUUUGUGAUAUACGCUGAUUUUGAGUCAAUACUAGUACCAGAGGAGAGAAAAGUGGAGUCAGAGAGUGUGGAGGAUAAAAGUAGUACGGACCUUUACCAGACACACAAGGCUUGUAGUUUUGGUCUGAAGACUGUCUGCCACUAUGAUGAUAAGUACUCCGGUGAGUUUAAGAGUUACGUUGGAGAGGAUGCUGCAUUGGUCUUCCUAAAGACUGUAUUGAAAGAGUCCUUCAGAUGUAGAGAGAUGGUCAACAAUAUAUUCAAGAAAAAGAUGGUAAUUACAAGAAACUGCUCAAUAUGUGGUAACGACCUUGGUGAGGAUAGGGUAAGGGAUCAUGACCAUGUAACAGGAAUGUACCGUGGAGCUGCUCAUAAUAUAUGCAACCUGAAGUACAGAAUUACAUGGAAAGUACCUGUGGUCUUCCACAACCUGAGAGGUUACGAUAGUCAUCUGAUUAUGCAGGAAAUUGGUAAGUUCAAGAUGGAUGUUAAUGUGAUCCCAAAUAAUAUGGAAAAAUACAUCUCAUUCUCACUGGGUAAGAAUCUGGUCUUCAUAGACUCUAUACAGUUCAUGGCUUCUUCACUGGAAGCACUGGUGAGUAACCUUUCACCUGAGGACUUCAGGAUAGUAGGUAAGAGGUGGAAGGGUGAGGACUUCAAUCUAGUGACACAAAAAGGAGUCUUUCCAUAUGAGUUCUUGGAUAACAUUAGCAAGCUCGAUACAGAAGGCCUUCCGAGUAGGGACAAGUUCUACUCAUCACUGUAUGAGUCAGAGGUGAAGGAAGAAGAUUACAAGAGAGCUCAAAAAGUAUGGGAUCACUUCAAGAUGAAAACCAUGAGAGACUACCACGACCUCUACUUGGAGACUGACGUUCUUCUACUAGCUGAUGUAUUUGAAAACUUCAGGAGAACAUGUCUGGAAAGUUACGAACUUGACCCCGCACAUUACGUGUCAGCACCUAGCCUAAGUUGGGACGCUUUCCUGAAAAGGUCAAAUGAGGAAAUAGAACUUGUAAGCGAUAUGGACAUGUUUCAGUUCUUCGAGAAGGGUAUGAGGGGUGGUACAAGUUAUAUUGCUCAUAGACACUCAACAGCUAAUAAUAAGUACAUGGAGACGUAUGAUGAGUCGUCUGAGGACAAGUACUUGAUGUACCUCGAUGCUAACAAUUUAUAUGGCUGGGCAAUGUCACAAUCACUUCCUAAUGGAGAGUUUAAGUGGGUUGAGAAUGUCGACGGUAUAAAUCUGGAGGAUUACCUGGAAGACAGCAAAAGAGGUAUGGUUCUAGAGGUUGACCUGGAAUAUCCACAAGAACUUCACGAUCUACAUAACGGUUAUCCCCUAGCACCAGAGAGUGAGGAAAUCAGUGCCUCUAUGUUGUCAGAUUAUGCAAAGAGUAUUGCUGAGAAAUUCCAACUGACAAUUGAAGGAGUAAGAAAACUGGUAACUUCACUUGGUCCCAGGAAGAACUACGUCUUACAUGCACGCAAUCUUAAACUGUACACAGACCUUGGGAUGAAACUCACGAAGGUCCAUAGAGCGGUUACGUUCAAGCAGUCUCCCUGGCUUAAGGACUAUAUAGACUUCAAUACAAAGAAAAGGUCAGUAGCUCGUAACACGUUCGAAAAGAACUUCUUCAAGUUGAUGAACAACUCAAUCUACGGAAAGACUAUGGAGAAUCUUAGGAAAAGGGUUGAUGUGAAAUUAGUGUCCUCCAAAGACGACCUCCUAAAACUGACGGCGUCACAGUGCUUCCAGUCACAUCGAAUCAUGAAUGAGAAUCUUGUAGUGGUAAAGCGAAUGAAAGAAGUUCUAACGCUGAAUAAGCCGUGUUACGUAGGAAUGAGCAUCUUAGACUUAUCUAAGACUUUAAUGUAUGAUUUUCACUACAACACCAUCAAGAAGGAGUACGGUAAUAAUUCAAGGCUACUGUUCACUGAUACUGACAGUCUAAUGUAUGAACUGAAAACAGAUGAUGUCUAUGAGGACUUCAAGAGGAUCGGUGAGGAGCAGGAUUGCUGGAAUAAUUCAGAUUACCCAAAAGAUUCUCCGUACUACUCAACUCACAACAAGAAGGUUAUAGGUAGGUUUAAGGAUGAAGCUGAAGGAGUACCUAUAAUUGAGUUUGUUGGGCUGAGGUCAAAAAUGUAUUCCUAUGUGAAGGAAAACGGUGGAGGUGGAAUGACUGCUAAAGGAGUCAAAAAGUAUGUCAUCAGAAACAAGCUCACUCACGAGAACUUCAAGAAUGUAAUUAAUACGAAAGGUAGGAUGAGACAUAAUAUGAACACAAUCAGAAGCGUAAAGCAUAGAAUUGGAACUUACGAAUUGAAGAAGGUUACUCUGAGUUGCUUCGAUGAUAAAAGGUAUCUUUUGGAAGAUGGAGUUACCAGUUAUGCUUAUGGUAACAAGAAUAUAAAAAAUAGUGACUGAGAAGUUCCCACAGAGUAGAAAGUAAUAAUCCUAAAGGGUAAAUAAGCAGGAAGGGCCCCCUGCCUUGUGUACCCCCAAGGAGGAAAUAAAAGUUGUCGAAGAGGCUUUGGAAUAGGAAGGUUGGACGAUAUUGGGAAAGUGUAGGAUAAUCGUGCUAGAGUCUCAGCUGGACUGGUAAGGUGAUCCCGAAGCUUUGAGAUAAGUUAAAUGAAAAAACAAGAAUAGCAGUUUCACAUUCUAAUUAAAUGGACCAACCGUUAAUUUUAAUAUAAUAAAAAUAUAUAAUAAAAAAUAAAUUUUUACCGAAGAAAAAAACUAGUGGUCUCGCUCAAAAGCUAGUGGUCUCGCUACGCUAGUUGCUAUACUACUAUAUCUGAAUCUUCCAUUACUAAACAAAGGCGGGCCAUUCCAUUUAAUGCAGAAAUGUCUCUUAGUUUAUUUAUUCCAAACGAACUCAAGAAAGCAAGCAGUUAUGUGUAUUUUAUGAAAUUAAUAGUUACGGGAACCACUGAGUAUUUUUAUAAAAUACAAAAGGACAGUAACUACUUUCCGGGAGCAAACACUAAGUAAAACAUUUUGGAAAGGGUGUUAAAUUAAACAUACAGGACUCUAAGUUCAAGCUAGUUUUAAAUUUACUAUACAUUUCAAAGUAUAAAAACAUCUAGAAUCGUUAUGUGUGUGAUGUUAAUCUGACUGUAUAUCCACAUCGGGCAAGCUUGAAAAAUAUGCCUGACCACGGUGGGAAUAGAACCUACGUAAUUGUAUACUGUGCUCUUGCUUUAGCUGGGUGAAAGCUUUGUGUUCUGUUUUAGAAUUUCUUUUAAAACUUUUAGCAUAUGUUACGACAGAUAAGGCAAUAAUAAAGCAUACAAGUAAGACCCAAUAUAUUGCUAAAGUUUGUACCUUAAUACGCGCAGUCAAAUUUAAAUUAACGGAAUUUAUCUGACAAACACUUGGUCUGGAUGUUUGUUUAUAUGAGGGGACAAACGGCUGAGUCAAAUUUGCAACAUUUCCGCUUAUUAAACUUCAUCUUCGCUUCAUAUUUUCUUUAUUAUAUCAAAAGAAUCAUUAUAUCAGUGGAUAACAACAAAGCUUUUACCAGUUGCAUAAAGAUUUGGUAACUUCCAGUUUAUAAUAAUUUGAACUGAAGUUCUAUUAUUUUGUCCGUUGGCGCUGGAUUUUAAAUUUUUCCGGCGUCUUUAUUGUGUUUCCUUGGCAACAAGUAUAUACGUUUGUCGCAGUUAUUUUAUGAACUAUUUUGGAUUUCCUCGCGGGAACUUAUUUCUGGUGACCCUUUACUUCAUUUUGGUUUAUUGUUUGCCUUGUUUCUUCGUUUAGUUCUCGAAUUAUUGAACUUUAG